ACGGAUUUUUACAAUUUACACAGACCACAGACUACUGACGCAUCGUGGGACGCUCUAAUUCGCGCUGUUAAUUAUUUUUUCAUAUUUGUUUCCUUGUAAUACAGGUGUUUUAUAGAAAUAUUUUAAUUACUGGGUUUGAAUUUGACUGUCUCCUUAUUUUGAUUCAAAAAUCAAAUCUAGUUUCAGACAAUGUCGGGUAUCGCAAGUGCACGUUUAGCCGAGGAGAGAAAAGCUUGGCGCAAGGACCAUCCCUUUGGUUUCGUCGCCAGACCUAUGAAAAAUCCAGAUGGAUCAUUGAACCUUAUGACUUGGGAAUGCGCGAUUCCUGGUAAAAAGGGGACACCAUGGGAAGGUGGAUUAUACAAGUUAAGAAUGAUCUUCAAAGACGAUUACCCCUCAAGUCCUCCCAAGUGUAAAUUUGAGCCACCUCUCUUCCAUCCCAACGUGUACCCUUCUGGAACAGUUUGUUUAUCACUACUAGAUGAAGAGAAAGACUGGCGUCCGGCCAUCACCAUCAAACAAAUCCUUCUCGGUAUCCAAGAUCUCCUGAAUGAGCCGAAUGUAAAGGAUCCUGCACAAGCUGAAGCAUAUACAAUCUAUUGCCAAAACCGGCUAGAAUAUGACAAGAGAGUAAGAGCACAGGCGCGUGCUAUGGCUGCAACUGAAUGAAUCCCUCAUGCAUUCUACAACAUUCCUUAACCCAGCAGGAAUGCAGUGACCAGCUUUGGUAGCAGGGGAUUGUUUUGGUUUUGUAUAAAGUUAGGUAUCAACUAUGUUCCCCAAACUAGUCCUGCACUCCUGUACUGCUCAACAGUUCAAGAGAUCUUUGCAAAUAAUAUGUUCAGCAAACACACAUUACUCUCACUCAACUUAUUUCCGAGCAAGGGAAGAUAAUAUUAACUAGGGAGGACUGUGAAAUCCAACAAGUUUGGGAACAUGGUAGAUAAAUGCAUCCAAACUAUGAAUAAGAAAGCCAUAUUUUCUAUAUCUGUCAACUGUCACUUGAAAAUAACAGUUUACAUGGAAAAUACUUCAUAAAUAAUGAUUGGUUUCUAUAUUUCAUAAUAAAAUACAGUGAAACUAUACUAAAAAAUAUAUUAACUUAAUUGAAUUAUUUUUCUAGCUUAGAUGCCACAACAUGGUCGACAUAUUCCUAUUUGUAAUUUGGAGGCAUAACUAGCUAAAUAGAUUUGUUCAGAUCACUUUUAUAUAAAUUAUAUUGUUGCUAAGGAAUCAAUAUUGAACACAUUAAGUAUCCAUUUUAUAUACAAAAAGUUACAUGUAGCAUAAAUUCAUUUGUGCCUAAUGCCUAAAUUACGUAACUAUUAUGCAAUCAUUACAACAGUCACACUAUUUAUUCUUAUUUGCUGACAGUAUUGAGCUUAUUGAUAAAAUCCACACAUUCUGGGCUGGAUUUAUCUUUAAGCUUGCUGAUAUUGGAUUGUGGUUCUUGCAUUGUUUGCUUCAAAGUUUUGUAAUAGAAAACAAAUUAUUGCUCAGAAGAUUCACUGGCUAUGUAGGCACUUGUGAUAUAACUUUUGAUACAAUAGAGAUUGGAUUUCAUGAUAAAAUUAUCUUGCAUAUAUAUGUAGUUGUAUUGGGACUUUAUAGAGUGUAUACUUUGCCUUUGCUCAGACUCAAGAUUGAGCUAAAACGAGACAGUUUUAUGAGAGAGAUAUACAUCUGUCUCGUUUUAACUCUGUCUUAAGUUUAAGCAAAGUCAGAGUGUGCUCUAUAGAUAUUACCUUUAGUAGCCACAUUAAUUUAAAAAAAAACUUAAAUAAAAGUACUUUUGCCACAUUAAUUGAAUGUUAGGUCCUCUUGCUUCAAAGUUGGUUCGAAAAGAAAUUAGGUUUAAGUAGUGUUAAAGUAUUUACUAUUGUAAAACAUUGUUCUCAGUAAAUAAUUUAACAAAAUUUAAUAAAUUAGAAAUCAAACUUAGUUUACACAUGUUUUAAGCUCUGUAUGUCAUUCUGAUAUUAAGCAGUAU